AUGGCACUUCUCGAUUUGGAUAAUAUAGCCCCACGUUUGGAAGGGAAUUCAAUGAUAUCGAUACCGCAUUACAAAAUUAAGGAUGGUAAAUACGCGGUAUACGUUAUUAAAGUGGCGAUCGAUUCAACCAUCUGGACUAUAGAAAGGCGUUAUAGCGAUUUCGUAGCAUUUGAUUUGCAACGAUUUGAAGAUCGCAAGAAGUCCUUUCUUCCACCAAAAAAAUUAAUUCGAAAUUUGGACUUGGAAUUUCUGGAUGAAAGAAGGAUUGAACUCGAGAAAUAUAUCCGAACGGUGGUUGAACUUGAUCUGUGGUUGCAGAGAAGACGGAAGCAAUAUGCGCUUCCAUCUCUGGUUGCUCAUUUCCUCGAUUUUCACGAAUAUGACUCUUUCUUCAGGACAUCGGAUGAAAGAAAUGUGCGAAUUAUGAUAUGUGUACAUGAGCCUGCUGAGGGUUUUGAAGGUGGAUACAGAUGGCGUAAUGAAGUACUGUGA